AAAGGUAAUCAUUAUUGAAGAGUUUGGACGAGGGAGGGGCUUGGGCUGAAAACACAAUACCAUUGGAACCCAAACUCCCAGCAGAUCGGCAAAUGCCCAAAGCGUUUCAGCUCUUUCUUGUUUAUUUAUUUUUAUUUUAUUGCAUCUGCAUCUGUCUGCAAAUAUAACCCCAUCUUCUCCUCUCACUUAUCGCAGCCGCAGUAAUGUUAUAAUCUCAAAUAUACUCGAAUUACUCUCAAGUCAAAGCUUUUUUCUUCCUCCCGCACACACACACCACACCGCCACCUUCCAAAUUCAAAUUCAAAUUCAAAUUCAAUUAUUAUUUUCCCCCUUGCACUAAAAUAAUGGACAAUUCGGUUCCAAUGUCAGAGUUUCGGCUGCUACCAGAGCAGCGCUUCCACAGGGCAAUUAUAGACGAUGACAUCCAGAUGCUUCAAUGGCUGGUGGGCAGCAAAAAAGUCGAUGACGUCUGUAACAGGGGAGCCGACGACAACAACUGGCCAUCUCUAAUGCUUGCAGCCCGAUACGGACGCCUGGACAUUGCAAACUACCUUUUGGAAAUCGGCCACGAAAACGAAGCCACAUCAACGGACUCAAAGGGGAACACCGUACCAAUGGUCAGCGCAAAGUACAAGCACGAGGAUAUUUGCCUGACUUACCUGGAAAAAUACCCGCACACAAUGUCUGAGGUCAAUCGCGACGGAAGAAGUGCGAUAAACUGGGCGGCGCAGAACGGUCUGAACAGGGUUAUUGAGUGGAUACUGAGCCAUGGCGGAAACAUUAAUCAGCGGGAUAUUGAUGGAAAUACGCCGCUGCACCAUGCUGCGUCUUGGAACCAGUAUUCUACCGUGACCUUACUUUUGGAGCGCGAUGCGCAGAUCGGAUUAAAAAACCACAAGGAAUAUGGGUACUCGUCUUCGAUGGAAAAACACAUUGGUACGACUAAACAAGCAAGUGUCUUUGUAACAACUGCCACUGCCAUGCCGCGCGACAGUGUCGAUAUGACAACGGCACCGCCUCCGACAGCUGUUCCUGUAAUAGAAUUCCCUUCCAAACAAGUGUCAUUAUCGCCAGAUCAUUUUCAAUAGUCAUUGAAGCAUCUAUUUUUCUAUACAAUGUU